UGAAAUGAGAGUUGUUACAGUUUGAAUUUAAACACGUGUAUCCAAAAAAAAAAAAUAAUUAAAAAUCCAAGACAAAAACAAAUAUAAAACAGAGAUGUGUCCCAGUUAGAGGACUUAAAUUGUGGGAUGAUAAUGAACUGAAAUCUCCGUUAGUAUUUUUUUAAAUUGUUUAAAAAGAUAGCAGUGAAGUACAGGAUAUAAAAUUAUUACCUUACAUGGACCCAUUACGAUACCCAUCCAUCCAUUCUCUAAUAGAGCGUAAUGUUUACGAAUAAUUUGCCGUUUCAUUACCAAUUAAACAGGAACAUUGCAUAACAAGACAAAAUAUUUUACUGGUGUGUCUUGUAUUGAAUUGUUUAUAUAAUUUCAAUAAAUAAUUAAAUAAAAAAAGAUAUGGCAUUUAGAUUCAACAUUGUAGGUCCAACAAUUAAUAUUUGGUCUAACAUAGCUUUAGGUUGACACUCUGUUGUUAUAAAUGUGCAAGAAAGUUUUUUUUAAACUGCCUUUGAGCAAAAAAAAAAAGUUUGGAUUUAUUGAUUGAAAUAUUAAUUUAAUUAAGUUUGCCAUGUAAUAUUUGCACUUCACCCCCUUCCAUUUGUGACUGGCAUGCAUGCACAAUGAUGAGAAUCCACUGCCGGGUGGUUGUGUCCACACUGUCUCACAACAUUCGCAGCCAAUAAUAACACAACAACAGAAUGUGUGUGUGAGCGAGAGACAGAGAGAAAGAAAGAGAGUGAGAGAGAGAGAGAGAAAAAGAGUGAGGUAUAGAACUACCAACUGAUAGCCUACAGAAUCGUUCCACUCCAGCGAGCAUGUGGAAGUAGCUCUGCAGUAUUGCCAUUCAUUUUUAAAUAAUGUUCAAACUAAUAUUAGCAGCACCCAUAGAUUAAGCAUGGAUGUUUUCUACAGCUGACUUUUUUUUUUUAAUUAAGAAUAAAAGGUUGCGACUAGGUCAGCAAUGAGUGCGUCUGCAGGGACUGGCGUGUUCGUGCUCUCCUUGAUGUCCAUUCCCAUCUGCUACUUGUUCAACUCCUUUGUCUACAACAACAGUGCUGAAGCCUUCUUCUUUGCUGGAUGUACGACAUUCAUCUUUCUGGUCAUUUCUGCCCGUUUUAUACUCAAGAGAAAAGCUCCGUUAGACUCUCUUUUCUAUGUGUACGCAGUUCAUGCUUUCUUCAGCGUGGUGAACUUAAUCAUCGGACUGGAGCAGGACAACAUCAUCGAUGGCUUUGUGACUUUUUACCUGAAAGAGGCAGACCCAUACAUUAAUACGGCGCACGGGCACAUGAUGUCCUAUUGGGACGGCUGCGUGCAUUAUCUCAUGUACCUGCUCAUGAUCGCUGCGAUUACUUGGGGGGACAACUUCAGAGCUAUCGGACUCUACUGGGUGGGGUCAUUCGUCAUGCAUUCCAUCAUCUACCUUCUGGGGAAUGCUGUUGGAAAAUAUGAUACAGAAAUCGGUCCUCUCUUCUUCCUUCGCUUGCUGUACAUCGCAGUGUCUGUCUGGGCUUGCUUUCGUGUCUUCAGCCAUCCUUCCACACGGACCCUUGAGCUGACGAACAUCCAGGAAGCUCAGAGGAUGACGUUGUUGGACAGACCUUUGGACUUGUGUUUUAUCAUCUACCUCAUCCCAGCUAUGACUUUCUGUGUCUUCCGAGGUCUGAUUGCCCUGGACUGUUCCAAUGCCCUUUGUCUGCACUACACGCAAUAUUACGAACCGUAUGUGAAAGACCCCUCGGCCUACUCCAAAAUACAUAUGCUGGUAAGCAUGCUGUACUCGGGCCCGUACUACAUCAUGACGCUCUACGGCUUGUCGGUUCCAGGAUGUGAGUGGAUGCUGGACCUUACUCUGGUGCAUUCAGGUGCAAUAGCACAAGCCCAGUUUUCUCACAUCGGCGCCUCGCUCCACACACGGACGCCGUUCACUUACAGAGUGCCCGCUGACAGCCAGCCUGUCUUCUUGCUGGUUAAUAUCCUGUACGCCGUGGUGCCUCAGGCCCUCUGCUACCGCUGCACUACGAAGCCUGCCUUCUUCCUCAGGGCCACGUCAGACAAGAAAAGUGCAUGAUUAUGAUAUGUAGAGAGGCCGGUGACAACAUAAAGCUGCAUUAUCAAACUAUUUUCAGAGUAGUUGAUGGCUUAGUGUACGGUUCAAUCUCAAAAUGUGAGAACACCUCACACAGUUUUUUAGUAAAUAUUUUAUUAUCUACACAUUAUUUCAUGUGACAACACUGGGAAAAUGAGUCAAUGUUCACUGUUCAGCUUUUAUACGGGUGUAACUUCCCUGGACCCUCAACAAAUAUUUUAACUUAGUGGUUUUCAAACUGGGGGUGUGCCUAGAGAAAGAGAGGGGGGGGGGUGUUCUAUGAAACAGCAGGUGAGGAGCUAAUUUUACUACCGACCACAGGAGCCCACAUCAGAUGCUAAAAUUACUUCAUGAAUUCAAGAUAUUAAAUCUUUGCAGAAAAAAAUGUUCAGGUUUUUGUUUAUUCUUGGUGGCUUGUUAAACUCGGCAGUGUCAUUUUUCAACUGUAAAUGUGACCACUGCAAUGAUUAUUGGAGUUAUGUUUAUUGUUCGUUUGUUUUUCCAUUCAUCCAUUUUCUUAGCCGCUUAUCCUCAUGAGGGUUGCGGGAGGGCUGGAGCCAAUCCCAGCUGUCAACGGGCAGGAGGCGGGGUAACACCCUGAACCGGUUGCCAGUGAAUCGCAGGGCACAUCGAGACAAACAGCCGCACUCACAAUCACACCUUGGGGCAAUUUAGAGUGUUUAGAGAAUUUUUUUUUUCAAAUUUCUUCAUUGUCUAUUUAACAUUGUAGAAAAGUGUCAGUUUUUCAGUGUUGUCCCAUGAAAAGAUACAUGAAAAAUAUUUACAAAUAUGAGAGGCGUAUACACAAAUUAAAAUUGUACUAAUUAUGUGAGAGCAAAUGAAGAAUAGACUAUUAUCUGUUUU